CUCGUCACGUGAUUAGAUAAAUCUUCCUCUCUUAGCUUGGCGUGGACAGACAAAGAAGACACAGAAAAUGCCCGGCUUUGGUGGUGGAUUUGGAGGUCGUGGAGGUGGAGGCCGAGGAGGUGGUAUGGGAGGCCGAGGCCGUGGUAGAAAUCAAGGUGGUGGUGACCCAGAUGACCCUGAAGCUGAACAGUACAGAAAAUUGUUCAUUGGAGGGCUCAGCUAUGAGACUACAGACUCUACACUUAGAUCCUACUUUGAACAGUGGGGAACAAUUACAGACUGUGUAGUUAUGACAGACCCUCAAACAAAAAGAUCAAGAGGUUUUGGAUUUAUCACAUAUGAAAAGGUAGCUAUGCUUGAUGAAUGUCAAGCCAACAGACCACACAAAAUAGAUGGACGGGAGGUAGAGACAAAGAGAGCAAUGCCCAGAGAGGAAUCAGGAAAGUCAGAAUCUCAGAAAUCCAAUGAGAAAAUGUUUGUUGGAGGACUUCGUGACACAACAACAGAAGACGAUGUAAGGGAGGCAUUCCAAGAAUAUGGAAACAUCAAAAACAUUGAGCUUAUCAAGGAUAAAGCCACCAACAAAACAAGGGGCUUCUGUUUUGUCACAUUUGAUGACUACGAUCCUGUUGACAAAUGUGUCUUGAAAAAGAGGUUUAAAAUCUGUGACAAAGAUGUUGAAGUAAAGAAAGCAGAAAAUAAAAAUGAAGGUCGUGGUGGUGGUGGCGGUCGUGGUGGACGUGGCGGAGGCCAUGGUGGUGGAUGGAAUCAAGGAGGAUUUAACCAGGGAUUCAAUCAAGGAGGUUGGGGUCCCGGUCCAGGAAAUAUGGGUGGCGAUGGCGGCUAUCAGGGUGGCUAUGGUGGAGGUGGUGGUGGCUAUGGAGGCGGCUAUGGCAACAACCAGGGCGGUAACUGGGGUGGUAACCAGGGAGGAUACAAUGAGGGGUAUGGAGGAGGAUACGGAGGUGGACAAGGUGGUGAUUGGUCUGGUAAUCAGCAGUUUGGGACCGGCUACCAGAACAACUUUGGAGGUGGUGUGAUGAAGGGAGGUGGUUACGGUGGACAGAGAGGUCAGGGCCCGUAUGGAGGAGGUCCUGGUGGCUAUGGCGGUGGUGGCGGAUACGCUGGGGGUGGCGGUGGUGGAUACGGAGGUGGAAACCGACGUUGAUCAUAUUUCAUCAUAUUGUGUAUCACUGCAGGGUAUUAGUGUGAUAGAUCCAGAGGAAAUAUUAGGAAGCAAAUGGAAUAAAAUUGUAGCCAUCGGGAAUUUAUUCUGACCUAGACCAGUGUUUCCAGCUAAUUAAGUGAAUUGAUUAACAUGGGAUUAAAAGAAGCUUAAGCUCAUGCAGGAUAUUAAUUCUCAACGCAAAUGGAAGAAAGUCCUUACCAUCAGAUGUGUUUAGAUAGAUAGAAAAAAGCUAUACACCCAUAGCUUAGUAUAGUGAUUAAAUUCUCAUCCUGGAGAUAUGAAGGAAAAUUAACAUGCAGCUUUUAGAAACAGUCUUAGAAAGGAAAUUUCUCUUCUAAGUAGUGAAGAUUUUUAAACUACCAAGUCCAAUUUUUCAUUAAUUAGGCAGCACACAAACUAAAGUUUGCAUAGCUUUUGACACCUUUCAUCAACAGAGCUCACAAGCUAGAGGGAAAUUUCUAAGGGGGUAUACCCUCAGUGAUACACAUUUUAUGUCUUUUUUUUUUAAACAUCAAUGACUUGUCGCCGUUCAUUUCUUCUGAAGAAAUGAUCCAUGUUGUCUUCAUUUUGUCAUUUUAUUGUCCUAUCAUGAAGUUGAUUUUGUGAGAAAAAUAAAUAAGAAAUUUUAUAUAUAUUGAA